UUUAUUAGUUAUUAUUUCUUUUAAAAAUCUAAAAAUUUUAAAAAAAUAUGUUUGAAAAUCUGAAAAAUUUAAAAAUCUGAGAGUUAUUAUUUCAUCAUUUAUGGUUGGUUUUCUUUUAUCUAGUUCUUGUAAUUUAUUUUUUCUCACUGAAUGCAUUAUUGAUUCAAUAGAACUAGUGUAUCCACAUUGUUACUAUAAAUGAAGAAAUUUUUUUUCUAUUUUCCUAUUGUUUGAGGUCAUUGAGAAUAUUAACUUUAGAUAUUUUUGUAGGAGUUAGUUAAAUAAUGGAACAUGCCUCUAUUAUUGAUUCCUCAGUUCAAUGUGUAAUCUUGAUGUUAGAGAUGAGGUGAAUGAGGAAAUUGAAGAAAUAGUUGCUAAUGAUCAAAUAUCGAAUAUGAGCAAAUAUUCCGAUGAUGAGCUACGUGUUGGUUUAGAGUUCACUUGUAUAGAGGAAGCUGAAAAGUUCUACAAUGAUUAUGCUUUUAAAAUCGGGUUUAGUAUAAGAAAACAAACCCAUUACAAGACAAGAAAACAGGAUGAUGUCAUCACAUCUAUAACCUAUUGUUGCUCCAAAGCCGGUCAUUCUAAACCUACAUCUCAAGAUAAAAGUGAACACCAAAAAUCUCAAGGUAGCCAUACACCCAAAAAGGAUUGUUCCAACAGACGUACUAAUUGUAAGGCACAUGUUGUGCUGAAAAUAGAUGAUCGAGGAAAGUGGGUGAUAGCGGUGGUUGCUAAUGAACAUAAUCAUGAGUUGAUAGCUAGUCCUUUUAAAACUCGUUUCUUUCGAUCGCAUCGUAACAUCACGAAAGAACAAAAAGAUUUGAUUCAUAUGUUAAAUGAGCAAAAUAUCUUUGCUUCCCAAAUUAUGUCUUUAUUGGAAGCAAAAGAAGGAGGAAGACAUAAUAUUCACUUCAUUCGCAAGGAUUUGAGUAAUGAGGUUGUCGAAAAACAUAGAAAACUUGUUGGAAUAGAUGUGGCAAGUGCUCUAAACUACUUUCGUGAACUCCAAGAAAAGGACCCAUUAUUUUUUUAUGCUGUUGAUGUUGACGACCAACAAAGAGCACGAAAUAUUUUUUGGAUAGAUAGAAGAUCUAGAAUGGCAUAUGAGCAUUUUGGUGAUGUUAUCACUUUUGACACAACUUACAUGACGAAUAAAUAUAGUAUGCUAUUUGCUCCCUUUAUAGGAGUUAAUCAUCAUUUUCGGUCUAUUUUUUUUGGGUGUGCUCUCAUUAGGGAUGAGACUGCUAACACGUUUUGUUGGUUGUUUGAAACAUGGAUGAAAGCUAUGUAUGGUAAAAAUCCAAAAGCUAUUAUCACCGACCAAGAUCCUGCUAUGAAGAAAGCUAUUGAGAUAGUCUUUCCAACUACCAUUCAUAGGUGUUGUCAAUGGCAUGUGAUGAGAAAAGCAAAGGAACAUUUCAAUGUGCUAUAUAGCUCAAAAGAUGGCUUUGAGAAUGAUUUAAAAGAAUGUAUAAAUAGUAGUUUAACUGUGGAGGAAUUUGAGAAUGCGUGGGCAACAAUGAUUGAUAAGUAUCAACUACAUGAAAAUAACCACCUUCGAUUGUUAUGGAAUAUUCGGUAUCAAUGGAUUCCUGUAUAUUUUCGUGAUACUUUUAUUUGAAGCAUGUAUGUUUUGUUUGUAGUGUUGUAUGGAUUAUUUUUUUUGAAGCAUGUAUGUUUUGUUUGUAGUGUUGUAUGGAUUAUUUUAUUUGAAGCAUGUAUGUUUUGUUUGUUGUGUUGUAUGGAUUAUGUGAAGCAUGUAUGUUUUGUUUCAAUCAACUUGCUCUUUUUAUGUA